AUGAUCUCUCUUUUAAUUGCUGCAGUGGUGUCAUCAACUACAACUGCUGGUUUGUACACAUAUUCUCCAUUGCCGAUGGGGUUUGAGGUCAAUUAUAGCAAUUCACAGAGGAACUUCCAGAAUCGCACUUCCAACUUCCAAGUUGGCGUGAUUCUUGAUUUGGAGUCAAUGGUCGGAAGCAUGGGACUAAGUUGCAUGUCCAUGGCGCUCUCUGAUUUCUAUUCGGUUCAUAGAAACUACUCGACGAGGCUUUCUCUUCAUGUUAGGGACUCUCGAGGACAAGUCAUUGAAGCAGCUGCCGCUGGUCUUGAUUUGUUGAAAGAUGUCAAGGUAGAUGCAAUCUUAGGUCCUCAAACAUCUGGACAGGCCAACUUUCUGAUGGAUCUUGGAGACAGAGCUCAGGUCCCCAUAAUUUCUUUUUCUGCAACAAGCCCUUCUCUUCAUACUCAAACUCCUUACUUUGUUCAAUCCGCUCAAGGCGAUGAAACUCAAGUUGGUGCAAUUACUGCCAUAGUUAAAGCCUUCCAGUGGAGUCAGGUUGUUAUCAUAAAUGAAGACUCAGAAUAUGGGAGUGGCAUUGUCCCAUACUUAUCUAAUGCAUUCCAAAGCGUAAAUGCUCAUAUUUCAUACAGAAGUGUAUUUCCUGUUUCAGCAAGUGAUGAUUUUGUUCUCAAAGAGUUAUACAAGAUGAUGACUUUACAGACAAGGGUGUUUGUGGUCCAUAUGUCAUAUACUCUUGGUGCCAGACUCUUUCUGAAAGCCAAGGAAAUAGGAAUGAUGGAUAAAGGUUAUGCCUGGAUCAUCACCAGUGGACUAACGGAUUCAGUCUACUUGAUGGAUUCCGAUGUUGCUGAAGCAAUGCAAGGGGUAUUAGGUGUGAAACCUCUUAUACCAAAAUCUAAACAGCUCAACUCUUUCGCCAAUAGAUUGAAGAAAAGAUCCUUAGAGAAAAGUCCUGGCAUCGGACCAGCAGAUUUGAGCAUUUUUGGUCUGUGGGCAUAUGAUACAUUGUGGGCACUGGCUAUGGCUGCAGAAAGAGUUGGAUUAAAAGAGACACCAAAGGCUUUAGGGAAUUCAAGUGUUCAUCUCAAUGUUUCAGACAUUUUCAAUUUUAAAACGUCAGGAGUCGGCCCACAACUUCUAAAAGCAAUGUCAGAGACAAAAUUUGAGGGGCUUUCUGGGAAGUUCCACCUUGUAGAUGGUAAGAUGGAGUCAUCAUCCUAUCAGAUAAUUAAUGUGGUUGGAAGUGGACAGAAGAAAGUCGGAAUAUGGAUUCCAUCACAUGGAAUAAGGAGGGAACUGAACAUGAACAGUACCACAACUAAUCAUACAAACUCCAGGGAAUAUAUCAGGAGUAUCAUAUGGCCUGGUGAUUCAACAGUUGUGCCCAAGGGCUGGGAAGUUCCAAUGUCUGGUAAAAAAUUAAAAAUUGGAGUGCCAGUGAAAGCUGGUUUCACAGAUUUCAUUAGAGUCACAAGGGAUGGUCAGGCUAAUGCCCACAUCAGUGGAUUCUACAUAGACGUGUUCAAAUCUGUCAUGGAAGCGUUGCCAUAUGCUGUGCCAUAUGAGCUUGUUCCCUUCGAAUAUCCUGAUGGCUCUAGUGCAGGAACUUAUAAUGAUCUUAUUCACCAAGUGUUUCUUGGGAACUAUGAUGCUGCAAUUGGAGAUAUAACUAUCACAGCGAACAGAUCAAAAUAUGUGGACUUCACGUUGCCAUUUGCAGAAGGAGGAGUUCUUACCAUUGUGCCAACCACGUACGAAGAUGUCAACGAUAUAUGGGCUUUCCUAAAGCCCCUAAAGAAAGAACUCUGGCUCACAAGAGAAAAAAUAGUGAACAAUUUAGCUCGACUGGUUGUAGUGGUAUGGAUGUUCGUCAUACUCAUCCUGAGCUCCACUUACACUGCAAGCUUAUCCUCAAGAUUAACCGUACAAAGGCUUCAACCAUCAAUCACAGAUGUCAGUGAACUCAUCAAGAAAAGAGAAUUUGUGGGCUGCCAAGAAGGCUCAUUCAUAGUGGACUUCUUGAAAAAACAAGGAUUUGAGGGGUCCAGGAUUAGGACAUUCACUUCCCCAUAUGACUGUGAUGAAGCCUUGUCUAGAGGAAGUAAAAAUGGUGGCAUAUCAGCAUUCUAUGACGUCAUUCCCUACUCCAAGCUCUUCCUAUCCAAUCAUUGUGACAAAUACAUGACAGUUGGGCCUACCCAUCGCACUGAUGGCUUUGCCUUUGCUUUCCCUAAAGGAUCUCCUUUAGUUGCUGAUGUGUCUCGUGCGGUCAUCGAACUAACAGAGAAUGGGAAGAUACUGGAAAUGGAGCAAAAUUGGUUGAGGAAUGAACCAACCUGUGCAGGACAAGAAGAGAGUAUGAACUCAAUCACGAUCUCGUUGCAGAGUUUCAAAGGCCUUUUUGCCAUCACUGGAGGAGUUACAGCAAUAUGCCUCCUCGUUUUCAUAGCCAGUUACCUCUACAGGUAUAGAGAUUUCCAUGGGAGAAUCUCGAAUUCACCAAUCACAAUUUGGUCAAAAGUUGUAGCUAUUUGCAGACAUUUUGAUCAGAGAUCUCUAUCAUCUGGACUGUCACCACAAGAUAAACUUCCAGAAGCUACAAUUAUUUGUUCAGAAAAUUCUAUCCAACCAACAGAUUUGCCAAGAAGUCAUGAAAUAGUGUCGUUUGCACCAGAAGAUGCCAGUGGAGCGAUUCAUUUGGAAGACAUGUCUUCUGCACAACACUCAGGAGUAGUCCAUCCAUCUGCAUAA